GGCAUGCGGCGUGUCCUCCGUCACCGGAGAUGAGCGCCGGGACCCCCGGACCCCGGACCCCCGGAGCGACGGAAAAAGACGGUUCUUCCUCCACUCUCGCCUCUUCGUCGUCUUUGGAGUUGGAGAGGAGGAACGGUCGGAUUCGAAAUAGCGUCAGUCAAUUGUCGACCACCAUGCCGGGCGUUGGUGUUUUGUUAUUCGUCGUCGUAGGCGUAGCCCAAUCAUGGGCCCAACAAUAUCUGAACAACAGGCCGUUCCCUACGUACAGCCUGGAAAAUAUGCCGGAAACAACGUUUUCGUGCAGGGACAAGAUCUUAGGAGGCUACUACGCAGAUCCGGACACGCAAUGUCAGAUGUUCCAUAUUUGUGUCAAGGUCGCUGGUGUUGGGGUUCAAGACUUCCGAUUCCUAUGUCCCAAUGGCACAGCUUUUGAUCAGGAUCAUCAGAUUUGUGCUGAAUGGGAAGAUGUGGAUUGCGAUGCUUCUACUUUGUACUACUCCAGCGAUAAUUUCGAUCUUUACCGCAUCGGCUCCGGUUUGGAAUCAAAAUCGGUGAAAUACGGCGAGGACGAGGAAACCUUUGCUCUGCAACGCGCUGAAACAGGCGAUGCGAGGCUCAACAGGGAACCUCAAAGCGGGAUCGUGAAUCAGAAAAAAGAGCAGAAGUUCAAUUACCAAAGGCCAAAGCCUGCUCAGAACAAUGAUAGGGAGAUCUUCAAAGCUUCGAGCAGCUCGAAUUUCUUCAAUAAUAGGAAUAACGGAAAGGAAAGGGAUGAAGAUUACGAUGACAACGUGAAUCUUAAUCAGGAUAGGGACAAUGAACAGAGAAGAAAGGUGGUGAGAAACAGAGGUAGGAAGCCCUCAAUACAGACCGAGUACAACAGAAAUGAACAAAACAGGAAUGUGCAGGCGAACAACAGACAAGCAACUCAGAAUGAGGACCACAAUCAGAACAGGAAUAACGAUCACAAUAGGAAUAACAACUACAAUAAUCAGAAUAAUAAUUAUAGGAACCAAAACGCUGACUACAAUAGGCAAAGUCAAACAGCAGACUUUACGCGCAACACACCAGCGCCACCAGCGGACUACAGCCGAACCAGUCAGCAAUCUCAAACUAGCAGCUUUAAUCAAAACACCGCUGACUACACGCCGAGGCAGCAAUCUCAAGCUCAAACGAACACCUACAAACAGAACACAGCUAACACAGCAAACGCAGCAGCUGCGGAAAUAGAAGCUCAGACUAGAAAGCCAUCUUCAAGACCUACUGGGUUCCUGAACAACUUUGCCGGUAGCAGCUACGUACCGACGACUUUGAGGCCUUUAGCUGCCAGUACUACUAUCAACAGUGACCAGUAUACCACUGCUAUCAAUAACUAUAGGGCAAGAAACGGCCAAAAACCGAGACCUCAACAAACUAACGAUUACACAGCUCAAACUCCUCAGUACACCGUUAGUACUCCGGCACCGUUCAAAUCGACUCAAUACAGGCAAAUCAGUACCUUCGCACCUACCAAGGACACUGACAACUACCCAAAAACGAAACCAAGCACCACCGAACGGUAUAACCAGCAGGCAACGAACUUCAAGCAAAACGCCAAUCCCAACGACUACAAAUACGAACUAACCAAAACCAAGCCGAGUACCACCUAUCCAGGUACUAAAACCGAGAACUACCCCAGUAACAACCCGCAGUAUUUCGACAAAAAACCCACUACCCCCGUAAAACAAACUGAAACCUUCCCCACAACCCUGAGUACUAAACCCAAGCCUUUCAGCGCCAAUACCCAGACUUUCCCCACGACGUUCGCGCCAAGAACCAACGCUGCGUAUACCCAGAUUGCCCAGCAGACAUUGAAGCAGCAAAGCAGUACCUUGAUUGCCACCGAAUUCGUGCAGACGAAGGCUAGUACCACUUCUAAGGCUGUGACGUCAACGCCUUACACGCCAACGGUACCGAAGAUUAGCCCUACUACUCCUAUCGCUAGGUGAGUGUCAAUGAUUGUACUGAAGAAUAUACCUGGUGUUUCAAAUGCGGACAAAGUUGCGCAUAUAGGUAACAAGAAAAUGGCACGUAGGCCUGGUUUUUCAAUCGCAAGUUACCUGCAACAUGACUACUAACCAGAAGCUCGGUUGAAUCUGUCACUCUCUGCCGUCCGUGCGUGUAUUUAUUUUUCAAUCGACGAAUCCAGAAGCGUUCUCGCGUUUUCCAGACAUAACUCGAGUCAUCACAUCGAAGCUGGUAAAUGACGGUCGAUAUUUAUCGUUAAAAGUCUAAUUUAUUACCGUCACACUGAUUUAUUACAGCACUUGCACGUAAUUUUUUGUAAAUUUAUGACUACGUCGACUGGACUAUGAUGUUUCGCGCUGAUAACUCGCUACUUGGUUCAUCUGGCUCUCUCUGCCCUCUGUGCGUGUAUUUAUUUUUGAAUCGACGAAUCCAGAAUCGUUCUCGCGUUUUCCAGACAUAACUCGACCCUUCGCAUCGAAGCUGGUAGAUGACAGUCGAUAUUUCUCGGUACGUGGCGAAUGUUUUUGAUGCUUGUGUAAGAAGCUUCUAAACGUCCAAAAUUUGUAGUCGGCCAUAUAUCUUGUUUAACUAAAACAAUGUUUUAUCGUUAAAGGUCUAAUUUAUUACCGUCACACUGAUUUAUUACAGCACUUGCAUGUAUUUUUUGUAAAUUUAUGACUACGGCGCCUGGAGUACGAUGUUUCGCGCUGAUAACUCGCUACUCGGUUCAUCUGGCUCUCCCUGCCCUCUGUGCGUGCAUUUAUUUUUGAAUCGAGAAAUCUAGAAGCGUUCCUGCGUUUUCAAGACAGAACUGGAGCCUUCAUAUCGAAGCUGGUAGAUGGCGGUCAAUAUUUUUCGAUAUGUGGCAAAUGUUUUUGAUGCUUGUGUAAGAAGCUUCUGAACGGCCAAUAUUUGUAGCUUGGUCAUAUAUCUUGUGUAAUGAAAACAACGUUUUUAUCUUUUAAAGUCUAAUUUAUUACCGUAACACUGAUUUAUUACAGCACUUGCAUGUAUUUUUUUGUAAAUUUAUGACUACGCCGACUGGACUACGAUGUUUCGCGCUGAUAAUUCGCUACUCGGUUCAUCUUGCUCCCUCUGCCCUCUGUGCGGGUAUUUAUUUUUGAAUCGACGAAUUCAGAAGCGUUCCUGCGUUUUCCAGACAGAACUCGAGUCUUCACAUCGAAGCUGGAAGAUGGCGGUCGAUAUAUCUCGAUACGUGGCGAAUUUUUUUGAUGGUUGUGAAAGGAGCUUGUAAAUGUCCAAUAUUUGUAGCAUGGCCAUAAAUGUUGUGUUACGAAAACGUUUUUAUCGCUUAAAGUCAAAUUUAUUACAACACUUUUUAUAAAUUUAAGACUAUUUCGACUAGAUUAUGGUGUUCCGCGCUACUCGGUUGAUCUGCCUGUCUCUGUCCCAUGUGCGUGUAUUUAUUUUUGAAUCGACGCAUCCAGAAGCGUUCCCGCAUUUUCCAAGCAAAGCUCGGGCCUUCACAUCGAAGCUUGUAAAUGGCGGUCGAUAUUUCUCGAAUGUGGCGAAUGCUCUUGAUGUUUGUUUGCGUAAUUCUGGUUGCCUAACCUUCGAUGUUACGAGGGUGUCUCACUGUUACUCUAAGUUCACUGGGAUAUAUCGGCAAUGUGCAGACAUGUACAUGGUCAGACUUUCUCGCCUGAAGGACUACAAAUUAGGCAAGAAUCAUUACAUUAAUGAUUCCAUUAAUUUGGCAAUCUGUCAGCAAUACAUAGAAAUAGGUCGGAAAUAUCAAAAAGUAUUGCCGAGGCAGAAAAAUGUUGCUCGUUUUGACGCGUUAUAUCGUACAUUUGUCAUUUUUACUUGAAUCCUAGGGAUACUAAUGAAAUAAAGGUCAAACACAGUGUAGCGUUUUUCUGGGUUCUUUUGGGUGUGGAUUAAAACACUGGUUUUCACAAAAAGAAAUGCACUAAUUUAUUAAACUUGACUAGAUAGAACAUCAAUGUCCACCACUAUUUAUGUCUGACUACUUAUUUACGAAUUACCAUGUCGCGCCAUUCACUGUACUAUACUCUACUGUGCUUCCAUCUUCCGGCCGUCGAGUCAUAUAGUCCGCAUCGCAGCGACUCGUUGAAUCGAGAAGGUUCCGGUGAGCCACAUAGCGGCAUUCCAGAAUAUUCGAGGUCACUUCGGGUCCAUCUCGAAGAAAAGUCGAGAGUUUUGCGGUCCCCAACAGAUGUCGCCACCAAGUUGCAUGUUGUCAGUUAUAAAAAAAAACAAAAAAGCACCGAAGGUUAAUAUAGGAAAAAUUAGAAAUGUUAAAAAAGAAAAAACAAUUUCCUUAAUAGCCCUAAGAAUUAUCAGAUGAUAAUUUCAUUGUCAGCCAAGCGUUUUUCCAGUGUUUAUGAAAUGGGCACAGCUGAACAAUUCCUGAAUUUCGUAUGUUACAGUUUCCGAGACCUCAUGGUAAGGGUCGUACUUGAAAUACCCGGUAUAUUGGUAAAGUGCAUAUUCUAGAGAAUAACUGAUCCGUAUACAAUUGGCGUUUUUCUAAUCUUUUAUGUUUGUCUGAAUGUAGGGCACCGUUUGUUUAUAAGGAACCUUCCAAAAGAAUAUUGAACAUUAGAUUUUUGGCAGGUAAGAUGCAAUUCAAAAAAAAGUCACCACUCUUCAUUCCAUCAGUGACUGGUAGUGAAAACUGAACCCGAAAAUCAUUCCAAAAUAUCCUUCCUUACAAGGUUAGAACUAUGGAGCAUGGACCCAGUUUCAUAUAGAAUUUUAUCGUCGAAUGUAUAUGCAUGGAAUCAUGGGCAACUGGGAUCAGAUCAAUUUUUUCAUAGGUUUCAGGUCUCAUUGAAGGAUAAAUUAUUACCGAAAUAAUCCUAUUCAUCAUGAAUUAAUUGCAAAAGCAUGUCCAUGGAGAAUUUGUACCCGAAUCCACAUAUUUUUAUACCAUCUUUUAACAUAUAGUCAAAAUCACGAAAGAUGACUAUUACGUCAUACCAUAAAUUGUACUGAAG